AUGACUACGGCAGCAUCCCCAGCGUGAUCACUUACAGGCCGCCCACGCACAGAAAAAUCAGCAGAAAUCCCUGGACCUGGGACUUAUGUUUCUUCAGCUGAGCUUAAAGAAAAAGCUCCAAGCUAUAGCAUAAGCAAGGCUGAAAGGAUUUCAUCAGGGAAAACUGCCACCAUUGUUGGUCCUGGAGCUUAUAAUAUUCCAAGCUCUCCUAAAGGACGAAAAGCUGUUUUUGGAUCAGCUAGACGAAUUACAGUUGAAAUCACUAAUAAAAAUCCUGGGCCUGGCAACUAUGAACAAAAAUCGAAAAUUCAAGAAGGCCCGCAAUAUUCAAUAUCAGGGAGAAAAGUUCAAGAAACAAAAGAAAGCCCUGGCCCAGGGAAUUAUGACGCUAAGGAUACCGUGCUUGAAAAAUCUCCUUCAUAUAAAUUUGGAACAGAUAAAAGAAAUGUGGAAUUUGAUAAGAAUAAGCCGAGCCCAGGGCCUGGAACAUAUGAGUUUAAUCCAGAAUUCACUAAAAUGGGCUAUAAAUUUGGAAAUGCCAACUCCUAUUUAAAUUGGGGCAAAGUAUCGAUAAAAUUUCAAUUUUUUGUACACUAAGCCCUAACGAACGAAUUUAUUUAGAGGUUGUGUAAGACCAUUUAUAGCGUAGCCAAAACCGCGAGUAUCAAUGAUAAUAAGUAGAAUACUGUUUAAACUAAUAAAUAAAUUUUAAAAUUUAAAAUAAAGCAAAUAUUUUAUAUCCUUCAAAUGAAAACCCACCUUUUAAAUUUCAAGAGGUUGCUUUGUUCCAAUUUAAAGAGGGAGUAAAAGAGUUGUUCUUAGCAGAGAAAAUGUUCCAGGUCCUGGGGCAUAUGAAUUGCCAUCAGAUAGAGAUAGAAGGGCGUAUUCGUUGACAAGCAGGUCAGAAGCUAAGCCAAAAAAUAACUCACCUGGGCCUGGAGCGUAUGAAAGUGUAUCAGGAUUUGAAAAAAGAUGCUAUACAGUUAGUAGAGCAAAGAGAUUUAUGUCAAUGACUCAAACAGAGCUUCCUGGUCCAGGGGCUUAUGAUGCUUUUCUUUAUAAAACAUAUCAAUAUACGCCAGGUACAAGAACAGGAAAUCGUCCAUCUAUUCAUCCUAUAAUAGAUACUCCUGCCCCGUGGGCAUAUAAUGCGAAUAAACAGGAAUCUGGACCAGCUUUUAGUAUUAAACCUCCUCUUUUUAAGCAAAUAAAAUGUUUUUUAUAUAACUAUUCAUAAUAAGCAAUAAUUAUUUAAUACUAAUUUAAUUUAUUUUAAACAGCUUCAUUUUUAAAUUUCGAAGUAAAUUAACUCUUUUGCUUGUAUGGAACAUUUUUUGCUCGCUCAGAGAGGGUAAGCAAAAAUAUAAGAUAAAAUCAGAAGCGUACCCAGGACCUGGAGCUUAUGAAGCGAAAAAUAGUCAUAAGUCACAGAACCCUAUAAUUGGGACCACCCAAAGAUUUAUGCUGAGUGAUGAAGAAAAAUUAAGGAGAAGCUUGCCAGGUCCAGGAAUUUAUAAUCCAGCUACUAGAUCAGCGGAGUCGCCAAGAUGGGGUUUUGGAAGUUCUAAACGAAGCACUAGGAAAGAAAGCAAUCUUCCAGGGCCUGGGCAUUAUGAUUUUAAAAGCUUUAUAGAUGAAGGUCCUUUAGGAGCGCUGAAUAGAACCCAAUAA